CCAACAAGGACCAUAAUAGUUAAAACUACUAAGACAGUCUAAGAAGUAAGAGCUAUCGACUUGGUUGAAAGUAAACCAACUUAAUUUUUAAAUAUUUCUCCACUACUGUAAAUUAAAAUGUCAGAUGGUAAAGACCAAGAAUUUGUUUGGAAAGUAAAAAAUGGAGAACUAAACGACAUCAAAACUUUUGUGGAAAAGGAGGGUGUAGAUGUAAAUAAACAGAUCCAAGGCCGUUUUCCACUUCACUUUGCAGCUGACUAUGGUCAGACAGAAGUCCUAGAGUAUUUGCUUUCAAAGGGUGCCAAAAUAAAUGAACCUGACAAGUUUGGUAUAACUCCAUUAUUGUCUGCUAUCUAUGAGGGACAUACAGCAAGUGUACAAGUUCUAUUGGCUAAAGGUGCUGAUAAAACUGGGAAGUCACCUGACGGUUUGUGCUACAUUGAUUGUGCUGAAAAAGAUGAAAUUAAAGCACUUCUAAAGUAAAAUACAAUUUUUGACUCAAAAAGAAAGUUACUGAAGAAAAAUUUUGUGGGUGAUUGGGUCAACAUUGUUUUUUGUUUGCAUGGCUGAACAGCUUAUAGCAUUUCACGCGUGUAUACUUACCAUUAUCAUGAUCUUAAGAUGCCAUCAUAAAGAAACUGAUAUAAAAUAAAAUGUACAAAUUUAAAUAUUUUUUUAAUCAAUAUUACAAUAUGUUAAAAACAAAUCUCUUUUGUUAUUUUACUUUUUAAAAAAAAAAUGUAUUACCAUUUUACUUUUUUAUAUUUGAUACAAAAAUAUUUUCUGGCUUUCUGUCUACUGAAAUUGUUUUUCUGUUUGUUCAAAUGAAUGAAUUUAUUUACACUUUUUUUUUUAUUUCAAAGGGCUUGUUGGAAAUAUCUAUUAUUAAUUUUCACUUCAAUUAAAGAAACAUUAAUAACUGUAUGAUGAUCAUCAUUGUAAAUGGAUGCUUUGUCAUGUAAUGUCUCCAAUUUAACUGUCUUCACUAAAAAGGAGUAGCCUUAAAGAAAGGAGAGCCUUUCAAUUGAUGCCAUCAAGUGUGAUUUAUUCCCAUUGAUGAAAGUAUGCGAUACAAAAAACAAAUAUCUGACUUAACUUUUUCUGUCAGUUGAUAUACUGUAUUAACUUUGAACACUUUAAAUUAUUUAUUGCCAAUUUGUAAUUAUUAUUUGAAUAUCUAUUGUGUAUUCGUAUGUUGUUUUAUUUUGUAUUUUCUCCAUAACACAAAAAAUUACAUGAAAAUGUGAUUUUGGUCAGGUAAUUGGGAUUAUUACCUAAUAAAGUCCAGCAAAUUACUAUUUUUAUUUUUUGACUUGACGUUUUUUUCCCCCAUCAAUGACUUGUUUCAAAAUUAUCUUUCCCAAGACUGGCCAGUCUACAGUAUGGCUGUACUUAUGAAUAACUUUCAACAUUGUGUAUGUGAGUGUGCUUGGUUUUUAUUGGUUAGGUUUGAGUGUGAUUUCUACAAAAUAAGCUUUAAGGUUCAUUUGGUCAAAAUGAAUGUGCUGUUUUAUUAUUUUUAUCAUUGUUCAGUUAAAUUGCAUGUUUUUAGCCACGAUGGAACUAGCAGUGAGUUUAAAAUAUCAUGUAUUGCUGCCUUGAAACUGUUACAACAUGUACGCAUCAGAUUCUUACCAUCAGAUGAAUAAAUGUUUGGAAUAGAAUAUUAAAAUUGUUCUUAAAAGUGA